AAAAUAAAACAAAAAACAAAAACAAAUACGAAAGAAAACAAAAGAAAUAGAAGGGUGAAAAUGGCCGUUAUAAAACGACCACAACAAACCAGCUGGUAUCCAAUUGCUUACACUUCCAGCAAUCAAAAUCAAAUUACCAAAAAUUUCUUUCUUUGCAUAGCUAAUUUACAAUCUUUCAUGGCAUCGUCGUCGUCGGCUCAGCUUCGUCUUAUGUCAGAUCUCAAAUCCAUAAUAAACGAACCACCGGAGGGUUGCAGCGCCAGUCCUUUGUCCGAAGAUAAUCUGUUUGUUUGGAGCGCUACCAUAUUUGGCCCCGAUGAGACCCCAUGGGAAGGGGGUGUUUUCAGUUUGAGAUUGACAUUCGGAGAUAAUUAUCCCGAAAAGCCUCCACGAGUACGAUUCACCUCCGAAAUAUUUCAUCCUAAUGUUUAUCACGAUGGUACACUGUGCAUGGAUAUUAUUCAGGAUGCAUGGUCACCCUGCCACAAUGUGUCUACAAUUUUAACUUCCGUUCAGUCUCUACUAACUGAUCCUAACCCUGCAAGUCCUGCAAAUCCUGAGGCUGCUCAUCAGUAUCAACAUGACGUUCAGGCAUAUAACAAGAGGGUGCGGCGCUGUGCCCGCCGUUCCAUUGAGUCUUCAUAGUAUAAGUAAAUUUUCUUCAUGCCCACCCACUUGGUGCUAAUCUGAUUCUGAUUCUGUUACUGUAUUUUUUUUUUUGACAAGUCAUUCUUCUUCUUCUUCUUUGUCCUCCUCCUCCUCCUCUUCUUCUUCUUUUUUCUUCUUGAUAAAUCACUCUGCUUCUGUAUUUAAAUUGUAGCAAUUUUUUUUUUUUUUUCGGCCCUUUCCUAUCGCCAUCUAAAUGUGAAUAAUUGUCCAAGGCACAUUGUAAUUUGAUUUGAACACCACAAAGUCGUCUCAAGUCAUGAACAAAUACUUUGUUUUUGCUUUUUGCUUGAAAAAUACACUCUUUUCUAGAAGCUUCUUCUUCUGUAUUUAAAUUGUAGCAAAUGAUUUUUUCUUUCCUGUCGCCAUCUCACUGUGAAUGGUUAUCCAAUGGACGUUGUAAUUUGAUUUGAAGAUCUCAUAGUCAUGAACAGGUACUUUGUUUUUGCUUCUUGAGGAUGGGGAAAGUUCUCAUUUCCAUAAAUAGAUGUCCGUCCAUUCUUCC